AAGGGAGCUACCCCAACUGUGGCGACAACAAGGUGUAUGACCCAUAAAAUGUGCAAGUAGAAGUAACUAAGUUGAUGAACCACAUUAUAUAAACUACAGUUCUCGUCUUAUUUCCAUAAUACACCACCAAAUUCCAUUGAAACAUUUCACACAAUUUAACCUUCAUCACCUUGUAACUUGUAAGUUUAAUACAUUAACAUGGCCCCUGUUGCUCUGAAACCUGUACAAGAGUUACUGCAAGAUGGGGUUGUGCCCGAAGCUUACAUCGUACAACUGAAGGAUGAUAAUGAAGAUGGUGAUCGUCCUAUUCCUUUGAUGGAUCGUCCGAUCCUCGACUUCUCCCUCCUUUCAUCAUCGGACCCCCAAGAACUUGACAAACUUCAAUCUGCUCUUAGUUCAUGGGGUUGUUUCCAGCUUGUGAAUCAUGGUAUAAAGAGUGAAUUGCUUGAUGAGAUACGAGAAAUUAGCAGGAAAUUCUUCAAAUUGCCGCUAGAGGAAAAGGAGAAGUACUCGUCCAAAGGUGAUAGUCUUGAAGGUUAUGGAAAUGAUAAUGCAAUUCGACGUGAAAAUUUCAACUGGAAUGACAAGCUUCAUCUUCAAGUUUUUCCACAUUGUAAGCGCCAACUUCAAUAUUGGCCUGAAAAACCUCAAACUUUCAGAGCAACUUUGCAUGAUUAUUCAAUCAAGAUUGAGCUAGUCACUGAAGUACUCCUAAAAGCUAUGUCACUUUCCUUAAAGUUGGAAGAAAGUCGAUUCUCUGAAUUAUGGGGAGAUGACGAAGAAGAUAGAAUAUAUGCAAGGUUCAAUUUUUAUCCUCGAUGCCCAAGCUCAAAUCAAGUUAUUGGGUUGAAAGCGCAUACAGAUGGAUCUGCCAUCACCAUUCUUUUGCAGGAUGAUGAGAUAGAAGGACUUCAAGUUUUGAAAGAUGGUCAAUGAUUUAGGGUUCCCAUCAUUCCUGAAGCACUCAUCAUCCAUGCUGCUGAUCAGUUGGAGAUAAUAAGUAAUGGCAUAUUCGAGAGUCCUACCCACAAAGUUGUUAUAAAUCCACAAUAUGAUCGAAUCUCUUUAGCAAUGCUUCCUAUUCCAAAUCCAGAAAAGGAGAUUGGACCACUCAAAGAACUAAUAACCGAGGACAGGCCUCAAUUAUACAAGAGGCUCAAGGAUUAUGGCCAAGUUUACUUCAAAGACAUGGCUUCAGAGGAAAGGCAGAUUAAUGUUGUCAAAAUUAAUAACUAAAGGGAACUGCUAUUCGGUGUUUAGGAUAUAAUAAAGAAGCAUUUGAAAUAAUGUUCUUAUAUUUCUUUACGCGUGUUAUGUCAUAUGUAUUACUAGAUUUAAUCAAGUAAAUUGCUCGUUAGGACAAUGUUUUACUUUUAAGAUUGUAUGAUUUGGUCAUUAAUGUAAUAGUCCUGUUUUUAAAAACGCUUAUUUAGAAGUUAAAUAUAAUUAUUAAGUUAAUUA